CGAGGAGUCCGGGGAGGAACUCGAACCGCAGCAGGCGUUGCGUUAGCUGUCUUGUUCCGUACUUGCCACGCUUAAUUUUCAUAUAAAUAUUCCCCCACCCGAGCGGGCAGCAGUAGGCUAUGGGGACAGAUAAAUUGCUGCCCAUUUAUAAACUGCCUUUUUAUUGCAGCAGCAGCAGCAUCCAAGCAGGCUUGCUGGACUGGCUCGAUUGGUUGGGAAAUUUGCUUGCCGAGACUCUUCGCGAGAAGAGAAAGAGGUGAUGAGGUCUUCCGACGGCGACUUCUUGGUGGGUACCGUCAAGAGGGGAAGCUUUGAACUGUUUUUUUUUACGUUGAACAAGUUUAUUUUUCAUUUAUUAUUCAAUAUUUGGACAAAUGUUUUCACGCCCUACAAUGGAUGAAAAAUCAAUUUUCUAUUUAAUUAAAAAUAUUAAUCAAUUUAAUUUAAUUCUAUAUCUGUCUUCGUAGGAUAAUAAUAGCAUGCGAUUCCUUUCUCCUGUCCCUUAAAUAACGUCAUGAUUUGAAAUCCGGACACAUAGAAGCAAACCAUUUUUGUUAUAGCUGGCAAAAAAUCAUGUAAUAAGUUGGAAAUGUAGAAAUAUCAUCAGGAUGUAGUAUGAACAGUCAGUUUUACGUUGUCUUUUCUAACAGUUAAUUAUGUCUUUUCUAACAAUUUUUCAUCAGAAUUUGCAAAUUAAAAUGACUUGUUGUGCUUCGAAUCCCGCACACUGAUAAAGGCUGAUUCGGAACCCGGACACCUUUGCUUCGAAUUCCGGACACUCGAUUUUGCUAGUGAAUUGCACAAAUUUGGACUGAAAUGUUAGUGAAUGGCAUUCUUUAGGUCUGAAAUAAGCGGUUAACAUCAAAACAAUCGAAAUUUUGUAUAAAAAAAACUUGCUAGAAUCUAAGGAAAUCGAAACCAUAAAUUUCUGCUUUGCUUUUCCGAUGCUUCGGAUGCCUACGAAAUAUUUCAGUGAAAUGUUUCGCAUAUUUGAUAAUCUUAUAAUUUUAAUAUGCUUAAUUGUUUUGACAUUAACUACAGCGUUCAAACAAAUUUUAAAUGAAUAUUGACGUUAAAAUUCAUCAGAUAACACAGUUUGGACAUUCACAAUGCGAACUUAUAUCCAAAUAAUUGAUAAAACAAGAUGAGGUGUCCGGGUUUCGAAGCGUCGGGGAAUUCGAAUCAUGACGUUAAGUAGUUUUCAAACUUUCACGUAUGUUUCAAUUGUUUUCUUGACCGUUCCAAAUAAUACCGAUAGCUUCCCAGGGCCAUAAAAUAUUCAUAUUAUUUGUACGUUUACCAGCGAAGCGAAGAAAAAACUUUUUUUAAACUGUCACACGUGUAACCUGUUGAUCCUUUCCCGCGAAAGGUUAGCCUCAAUCAACUUUAAAUAGAAAAUAGUCAAGGGGACAAGUUACGAAGAACGCACAAGUGCGUGCUGCCUUGUUUUUGUUUUCACUUGAGGACUGCGUAUCGGGAAUAACAUUUGUUAAUUGAGUUUGAUGUUUUGGUUGAAGUUUCACGCAAGUGUUACAGUUCACGUGAAAAUGUCCACCUUAACCAGGGUUGUGACGUAGCAGAUUCUAGGGACAAAGAAAUUUGACGUAACAUUCAUGAGAAACAGUCGGAAACUUUUUGAAAUAAGUAGAUAGAUGACAUACACUUCAGUACCAUUUGUGAAACCGGUCGAAAUACAAUCAAAGUCCAAUCAAUAGUUUCCCAGGGCUAUUAAAUAUGGAUGCCCCUUAAUUAAAUAGUGUCGCGAAAAGAAAGUUUUCGUACGAGGGACCUCCUGACCUCAUCGCGUGGUGCCACCAGCCUACUUAGAUUUGUCCUAGCCAGUGUACUUCGGGACAAUGGACUGCACACAGUUCGCCAGAAGGCUGUGGAUGCGGUGCGUGUCGCGAAUUGCGGUUUACCGUCGGGCCCUAACGAGGACCUUUGACCUCCAGACGGAUUUUUUCUUCGGAAUUGACCUUCUGAUGGCCGCCGGCGGUGUGCGGUUGAACUCCGCGAGCAAGCCGCUUCGCCGAUGCUGGAACGUUUACCGGUGGGCCAUCUGCCUACCGGCCCUCGCCGUUUACUGGAACACUGUCCUAAACGCCGUCCGCGGUGAGCAGUUGGAAAUUGUCCUCAGCAGCUUGCAGGCUUCGGUGGCCAACGUUGUUACGAUGGUGCGCGUGGUACUCCUGCUUUGGUACUACGAUUCGCUGGCGAAGGUUCGCCAUUUUGUGAACCGACGCCAUUACGGACGGGAUCUUCAGGCGUCAGCGGAUGCUCGGAGUGGAGCGUUCUACCACGUUCGCAAACUUGUGACACGUGUCAACGGAUUGAUGCUUGUCUUUGGGGCAAGCAUUCACGCGAUCGACACCAGCAAUCAUCACUUUCUGAAGAUGCCAUUCGACGUGAAAUAUCCGAAGGUCGAAUUUAUUUGUUCUGAGUUCACGAAACUAGCGAUCAUCGGGUGGGCAAUGACAGUCUCGUUGGUGUUCCUCGUUCUUUACAUGAUUCUCAAAGGGCUGACCACCGAAUUUGAGGUGAUUGCGCAGACAUUUUCAACGGUUUUGGACAACACCGAGCAGCGAGUUCAAAGAAAGCUCGAGUCGGAAACAGACAAUUAUCGACGAUUGCGCUACAAGAAAAAGUACUACUUCUGGAAGUACAUUCAGGAAGAGUUUGGCGAAUGCAUCAAACUAAACAUUGAGAUCUUGACAAUGAAGAACAAAAUAAGACCACUGCUGAACGCCAACUUUCUGCUGAUCUACUACUCAACCGCUGUGAUUUUGGCCAACGGCGCCAUCUACCUGUCCCAGAUGAAAACCGCCACAUUGUUCUCGCUGCAAACGUUAUCCUACUGCAUUUGGAUAUGCUUCGAUUGCGCCCUGUUGACGCGAAUGGUCAACCUGCUGACUGAAGCGAACGAAUCCAUCGGCUGGCAGGUGUACGACCUGGACUGGCCCUCGAAGCUGCGGUGCGACAAGCGCUUCGCGAAGCAGUACCGCUCGGUCCGCGAAACGAUGGCCACCGUGAUUGCAGUUUCGCAACAACCGCUGCGGCUCAACUGCUACGGGCUGUUCGAGUUCACCCAGGAGCGCUUCUGGGAGCUGCUGAACAUGGCGUACAGUUUGUACACGUUCAUCAGAGAUUUUUUGUAAAUUGGGAACCGGAACUUGAAAGUUAAAAAAACAUUCUGGAGUA